AAGGUGGUAUUCCCCACCAAAAUGUUCAUUUAGGCAGGAUGGAAGGGGCUCUGAAACAAUAUUCAGGUAAGGAAACUCUGGGACACGUUACUGAAAAACACCCAAAAAAAUGUACAAACCUUUUAUACACAGUUUUUAGUGUCUGGUUAAGUGAUGCACAUUCCUGGUGAUCUAUUGCAAUUUAUUACAAGAGCUCUGCCCUACAUUCUACCUUUACAAAGUUUAUCACAUUCAGUUUCUGCUGACAUUGUCAAAAACAUUGUUCAAUUAUGUGUUUCUUACUACUCAAUAUAAUGCAGUCCAGCACAAGACCACCAUUAACUUUGACCUCAAUGCUAAAACAUAGCCUAUACUUGAAUAAACACCUUUAUGACAAUGUCACAAAAAAACCUGAACAAUAUAGGAAUCAUAAAAGCAGACUUUAUGGCUGAACAAUUGGAUCGGAUUGCAUUAGAUAGUACAGGUGUACUUAAUAAAGUGGUCACUGAGUGUAGUUUGGGGUCAUUUAAUUGAAAAACAAAAAACAAACAGAAUAUGCAGCACUAAAACACAAUAUCAACUGACAUGAUACGGGCCUUCAGGUAGACCUUGAUUUAUUUCCUAAUCUCGAGGCCUCUUCUUGCUUCUAGUUUAAUGGCAUUCAUUAUUUCAGCUGUGUGCUUAUAUGUUACAUAUUCCGAAAUUAAUGCGUUUAAUUAAGUUAGCACACAGCAAAUCUGGGAGCAGGUAGGACAGAAAAACCCUGUACAGAGUGGGAGGAAUGGGAGAAGCUGAAUGACUGGUGAGAUGAUCACUGAGGCAGGAUUAAAUCAUCCUGGGUGAUAUCAACCUGAGGUCCUUACCUCAGACCUAAUGAUCCACAUUAUUUAAUCUUUGAUAUUUAUAAAGGAGAGUACCUCCAUAAAGGUCACUCACGCGUCUUUAUACUUCAGUUAUCCUAUGAAGGUUUUUGAUAAUGUGGUUAAAUACAAUGGAAUAUGACAUAUUAAUGAUUUAACGAACACACUUCCCCUAGAAGUGAGCUGGAUAUUUUGUUAAGGUUAGGUUCAGCGUCUUCUUCUUAUUAUUAUUAUUAUUAUUUAAAAAUAUUACAUUACCAAAUUAAUUAUUUCUAUCUAGGUCCUGGUAAAUAUUUACGAGGCUUUAUCAUGGUAUAAGGAACAUUUGUGUAAAACUACAAGACGACGAACCGGGCUGUGACUUCGAUAGUUUAUAUUUGACUUUGCUGCUGGACUUUACUCUUUAAUCUGUAGUGUUAAAAAGCUCAAAAUCAAUGUAAUACAUUUACACACCCAUAUUCCAAAGACAAUCAAAUAAUUCAAAACAUAAAACAAGCGAACUGUCAUCUCUGGCAGUCUUCAUGCUGCUCUGUACUUGGCGCAGUCUUCAUGGUAAACAGUGGCUAGGACCACACUGUGGAUUGUGGGCGAGUCUGGCUCAGAGAGCGAAACAUUUUUUCAUUUUUACUAAAAGUUUUCUUUACUAUCAAAACGCUUAAGCACCGUUCAUAAAUGUACUGUAGAUACUGCCAACAGAGAGCCCACGUGACUCCCAAUAAAGCUGCCCUCAUUACGCGCAUGGCAGAAGGUCACUGUGGACAGCUCCUGGUGCUGACGUUACGUCUGAUAAACAUGACCGUCGAACAACAGUUAAAUGAGUGAACCAGUUCAUUUAAAUCAGACGUCUCGUUUGAAAUAUAAUUUUAAGUCCACAGCAAUAUUUUAUUAAAUGAGCUUUACGUCUCACAAAACACAAAUGAUGACGAGGUUCAAUUAUUUGCUAUCAGCAACAGCUUUAGUGAGCAGCGGUCCGGCAUUGGCAAAUGAACACAUACUGUACUGUUGUCUGUUCUAUUGUCUAACUUUAGAGGAUGGCGCUUAAAGAGACCGCAGCGGUCUCUGGUGGUGCUUUUGGAUAAAAUAUACCUGAAACGAGGCAUAAAAGCUCUUGCACAUUAGACUGUUAAUGCAGUGAUAUGUGCCAUUGUAUUCAGAUGUGUUUUUUAAAAAGUUGGCUCUCUCAGGUUCAGUUAGCUUGGACAUAUUUUCCAGUGGUCAUGUCUUCAAAGGUUAAACUAAAUUCUCUGCAGGACUUCUGCUUGAGGCUGGUGUUGGGGGGGUGGGUAUAAGACAUUACAUAAGAUGAUCUCUCAAGAGAUCACGGCUGGUGACUCCACGGUACAGGAGGUCUUACAUAUAAAAUAGUCGUUGCACUUAAGAGCCAUUUGCGCAUGAACAAUGCUCCUCUCCAACACCACAGGCUCUAAAACAGGAGGAGUCGCCCUCUCGGUGGAAUUCGACAGUCCUGGGGAUUAUUUCAUCUUUAUUUUCCAGAUUGUUUUCGCUACAACUACUGUUCUCGUAGCCGGAACAGUAGUCAUUGGCAUCUUGGCCACCAGAGCGCUCUACCUUCAAAAUAGAUUUAUUUUCAUGCUGAACACCAGUAUUUGUGAUACGCUGGUUGGGGUUUCAGUGUAUUAUCUUGGUCUGUUUGAUGUUCAGGAGGGGUAUCCGUCUAGAAAUGGAACUUACAAUGUUUUACCGUCACUUCUAGGGGUCAAUAUAUUGACGUUUUUGUUCGCACAGUUUGACCGAUAUUUUGCUGUGUGUUAUCCCUUCUUCUACAGCCGCUUCAUAACAAGACAGUUUGUGAUAGGCAUUAACAUCUUCUGCUGGGUUUAUAAUUUUGCUCACUUGCUCGCCAGGAAUUUGUUGCCACUUUCCAAAGCGAUACAACUGUACGUGUUCAGCAUUGUCUUCUUUCAACUAAUCGUGCUCACCAAAGUGGUCAUGACCAUCAAACUGUAUGUUACUGCCAGAUUCCAGGUUGAAAGAGACCCUCCGAGCGCCGAGAAAGACAACAAGAAGGAAUCCCUGAGAAUUAUCAUUUUUGUUGUCAUAAGCUUCUUGGUGUUGUGGUGCCCAUCUUUUGUCAAUAUCAUCAUCAGAUUUGUGGUAGGAGCAGGGCUGACAUUUAGGAACGAGGCCACCAAUCUUUUCGCUAUCAUGGCUCGUUUGAACGCUGUGUGCACGCCGGCAGUGUAUAUCUGGGGGAGUCCGGCUCUGAGGAAGGCCACGAUGAGGACAGUGUGGGGCAGAGUGUGCCCAAGAUGCAAGAGGAGAGUCGGCUCCUGUCAUGGAAAGGAAGACACCAAAAACUCGUGGAAAUAAGAAGCAGAGGACUCCAUCCAGCAAGUUAUUCUAAUCAACUGGGGUUUUUUGCCAUCUCUCUCCCCCCUCUCUUUUUCUUUAUUUUGAUUGACACUAUAUAGCCUGCUCAGUGCACAGUCAAGAGUUUUUAUGCAAACACUAUUUUAUGUUUGGCUCUUACAAGGUCGUGCUGUUGAUUCAGUGACAGUGUCCUGAUAAUGCUCCCACGCUCAAACAGCUGCUCCGAUUAACUGUUAAACUAGUGCUGUAGUCUGGGAAGUAAUGGCAUAAUGUAGUUUAUAUUCACGCCAGGCAACCCCCCCCCCCCAAACAAAACUGAAAAAAUCUACAUUAUAAAAGAAUACAUUAAUUAAUGUGCUGUAAUAAUGUGUGGGGGUGAUGUAGGUGGGCAGAGUCGGAAUGCUCGACUGGCGAGUUUCUAUACGGGUGAUCCAGAUUAAAAUGACAAGUGGGCAGCUCGUUGUAGCUGGGUUAAGGAGCAUUAGGUAAAGGAAAAUACUUUUUUUUUUUUUUUUUAAAAACUACUUGCCGUUUCCUCUGUAUUUCCGGGCAUGGUGAAUGACCUAUAGGGUGAGUUGUACGUUGCUGUAAGCAGUGUCGCUGUGCAUGAUGUGUGGUGCUGAGUCGCGGUUAGACGCAUUUUUAAACACAGUAAUGUGUUGAGCACACACGUUAUGCCAUUUUGGCGUUUGUGGUGUUUUUUACGGUUAUAUUAUGUCUUCUGUUAUGGUUUUGGCCUUAAGCUUUGGUGUGUGGUGUUAAUGUACGUGUGUGCGUAAAGCCGCUUUUUGUACUCGGAGACCAAGUCACCACUGAGCAGGAGAGAUAAGCAUACCUGGCUGUCGUACAUGGAUUUAAUAAUAAUAAUAAUAACAAUAAUAAUCUCUGUUUUUAUAAGUGCUAUAUAAAUAACGUUACAAAGUGCUUCACAUAGCAAGCAAAAACAGAAAAUAAAUAACAGCAGUAAUAGAAUAAAAAUAUUAAACGAACCAUAAUAAAUAAUAAACCCUAAAAUGCGAUAAAAGUACGUUUUAAGCUUCGAUUUAAAAGAAACCACUGACUCAGCCUGACGUAUUUCCUCGGGCAUUUAGGGAGUUAGGGCGCACAAGUAGAGGAGGAGAAGAUACAAACGGGCCAUUCCCCCGCAGAGUUACCACCGCCCUCCUCACCGCGUGUUGAUGUGCGGCAGUGAACUGUGGAGA